GCGUUGGGAUGCGUGUUCAAAGCAGCUGCUUUGGGGGUUGUUAGUUCGUCAGACCCAUCAACUCAUUAUUCAAUUUACUCCUCUUCUCAAAUUCUCUUUCACAAUGUUAAAAGCCCAUCGUCUCUCCCAUAAUUAUAAACGCCAGAGGAGCUUCGUCCACGCUCCAUUUUCCUCCACCUCUCUUCUCUUCAAUUUCUGUUCUCCACGUCGUUGCCAAUGGCGAAUUCCUCUAAUUCUUCCCUCAAAUCCGAUGCUCUAUUGGAGCAGAUGAAGCAGCAUCUCUCCACUGAUGCCGGAAAAGAGAUCGCCAAGAAAGUCGGCUAUGUUUAUCAGCUUAAUAUUUCUCCCAAGAAAAUCGGAACUGAUGAGGUGGUUUAUACCAUUGAUCUCAAGAAAGGGGAGGUUAUCAAAGGUCCAUACGAAGGAGGAAAGCCAGACGCCACCUUAUCCUUCAAGGACGAAGAUUUCGUUAAAAUUGCUUUGGGGAAGAUGAAUCCUCAGAUUGCUUUCUUGAGGGGUGCUCUUCAAAUCAAGGGGAGUAUCGGUGCGGCACAGAAAUUCACUCCCGCCAUUUUCCCCAAGCCUGCAAAAUUAUGAGCGGUCGCAAGAGGGAAACUGCUGUUCCUGAAGCUAUUACACAUUGUCAAUGUUGAGAGAUAUAUGGGUAUUUACACAAUAAAAGUUAAAAGAAGCUGCUUUCAAUUGUCUCUAAAUCAAUAAUUCUAAUGUCAAAUGUAUUAGUCCAAUUCUUGUAGGAUAUCAUAACAUGUUGGGAACUAUAUCUCCUUAUUUAAUGUUCAAAUCAUCUUCUCUUUGUGCAA